AUGCUCCGACUCUGGGAUACUGCGACAGGGGUCCUACAACAUACCCUGGAAGUUUCACAUUGGAUUGCCUCAAUUGCCUUCUCGUCCGACAGCCACCUACUAGCCAUUCGCACCGAAGACCAAACGCUCCAACUUUGGGACACCGCCACAGGAGACCUAGAACAGACCUUAAGCCCUGGUGGAGUGUUGACCUUUAUGGAAUUCUCCAAUGAUGGCUCUCGUCUACGACCUAAUAUCGGAUCCCUCGAUAUCCAGUCCAGAAGUUGGGAUUAUACUUCUGAAGCAUCCCAGUCUAGUCAAGGGAUAACAAUACAGCCAAAGCAGUGGGUAGCCCUGAAUGAGAUGGAUCACUGGCCUUGGGAUGCUGGUCAGGGUGCAUUUACUACAUGA